AUGGCGACCCCGGUCAAUAACAGUGCAGAGAUGGCAGCGGCCGCGGAGAAAUCGCAACACGACAUUGACGAUGCCGAAUUCAAUUCGCCAGCUUCCUCGGCGGCCUCACUGAAUGAGAAGCCGCCGCCGCCCUGGACCUGGAAGCUGGUCGCAGUCAUUCUCGUGACUCUGGUUCGGUUCGGCGGGUCCUGGAGUUCCGGCAUCACGGGCGCCAUGAAGACGACCCUCAAGAAGCAGCUCAAGAUCAACAACACCCAGUAUGCGUUGCUCGAGGCGAGCGAGGAUUUCAUGACUACAGUCUUGAUCCUCGCCAGCGGCCUCUUGACCGACCGCCUCGGAGGUGCCGAACUCAUGGUUGCCAAGCUCGGGGCCUUUACCGGAACGAGUACCGCCAACAUCAUUGCCGUGAACACGGGUGACUUUGCCUGGGUAUUCUGGGUAGCAGUCUUUAUCAACUUUUUCACCAACAUCUGUUCAGCAGUCUUUUUCUGGUUCAACAAAAAGUCUAGCAAGAAAUUCGGACACAGUGUUGAUCCCGUCACCGGAGAAAAGUUGAUCAAAAAGGGCAAGAAAUUGGAUAUUCACAAGGUCCUCGAGGUACCAUGGGUCUUUUGGGUCUUGAUGCUCUACUCGUUAUGCUAUACUUCGACUGCAGUCGUCUUUAGCGGAAAUGCAACCGAACUUGCCGAGCAGAGGUUCGACAUUGACUCUGUCACUGCUGGAUGGUAUACUGCCCUGGUUCGCUAUGCUGGCUUCUUUAUUGUGCCAUUUAUCGGCAUUCUCAUUGACUUUAUCGCUAACGAACCUCGUUCAGUGGUUGCCUCUAGUCUGGGCAUCUUCAUCUCCAUGGCGUUGGUAAACUGGGCCCCAACCGUCAGCGGCACAGCAGCGGCAUUUGGCGUCUAUGCCGUGCUGACAUCGUACAACCCCACUGUGCUCAUUGAUGGAAUGCGCGCUUCAUUGUGGCAGCAGAGCACCUUUGGUACUGCAUACUCUUUGAAGAUUAUGAUGAACAACUCCAUCAAUAUCGUGGUUCGCAUCGUCGCUGGUGUCAUCCAGGAUGCGGACAACAACUCGUACGAUCGUGUUGUCGUCUUGUAUGUCGCCAUGGCCGCCUUGUCUGUCGUGGUCUCGUGUGUCAUAAUAUUCCUGGCAUGGCGCUCGCCAGAUCUCCGUCAUCUGCAAUGGACCAGGAAACAGCGCAUGGAUCAAGCUGUAAUGCUGGCCAAUCGCAAGGAACGAUUCCUUGGUGAAAAGGCGACUCGCAACGCCUUGAUCUCCAAAGUGUGCUUCUGUUUGUUGAUGGUUCUUCUCUUGGGAGGCUGGGCCUCGUACAUCUGGGGUGCCAUUACCGGACACAACAGUUGA